AGUACACUAUUACGCUUUAGCUAAAGUGGCAACAGACUCAGAAGGAAGAAGAAUUAGAACCAAGACAGUCCACAGAGACAGAUCCACAAGGAAGAAGGGUUGGAAAGCGAAUCUCCACCUCCACAAGGAACACCUAUUCUUCUCAGACCUCACCAACGCCAAUACACAAGACAACGAAAAAAGAAACAUCAGCUUACUCCAAAAAGACCCAGCAUUCCAGGAAGGACACAUCGCUAAUUCACCAAUCAGAUUUCCGGAACAAGAAAUAAAUCAUGUCAGGUUCAAAUGCAGACCUGGAUAUGAGAGAGGGACUCAAUUCGAUCCUGGAUAAAUCUACACCUGAAGAUCCCUCUCAAGCUUGCAAGAUGACGGUUUAGUUCCUUUCCCCAGCUCAACCCCCAGUAGACUCGUCACUCGUCCCUGGGGGAAUGGCUGGGGUUUUCAGGAACGUCUGCUAAACGGACCAGUAAUAUACCUCUUUUAUAUUACUGUCUAUAUACCUUGCUGUGAUAAUUUAGUUUUUUUUUUCAGUAUUAUUGUGUUUUUUUUUAAUUAAUUUCGAUUGUAUGACAAGAUUUAAGACACCAGUCACAAGGUGUGAAGAAAUAAACGUUUAUCAAUCAAUCAAUCAAUUCAGAAUUUUUUGAAAAAGAUUGAAAACGUUCACUAUCAAUUUUUUAUUACCUGCCCCCCCUUAAUUUGUAUUAUUUUUUCAAAACUUUCGCAAUAUAUGUUGUACAACAGUGAUUUCAGACGUAAGAUUGAAAAAUGUCUGAUAUUAUUGAGAUCAUAAGAAAAGAGGAUGUUCUAGACAUUUUCAGACACGAUACAGAUGUGCGUGUUGAUGGAAACCUUACAGGGCCUGACAUACUUCCCAAAAAAAUCGGACCAGAGGAAGCCCGAUGUAUAGACCUAUGCCUGGAUAUGAUGGACGCUAUCUCCAUUAUAUUUCUUAUCACAGGAAAGGUUGAAAGCUCAUUAGUCCUCUGUAAGAGCCUGGAGCAGUCUGGAAAGAAUGAAGUGGCGACAGGUCUUGGUAAUCCCUCAGGUGUGGUUUAUUUGUUUUGGUACAGUGCUAAUUUAAACAACGACACCCUCUGGGAGGCAAAGUUGUGUGAGACCCUGUAUUUGACGAAUAAUAUGAGAAUACUUAAUGAUUUCGGACUCACUCCAGAGGAAGCGAAGAUGAAGUUUAAACAAUCCUACCUGGAUCCAACAGCGGUCAACCUAUACAAUCUAUGCAGGGAUAUCACAGAAAAAGAGCGAAUUGCGUUAACAAAAGAUGUUCCCUUGAAUUCCAGGUAUCUGAUGCUAGAAACUCAGAUUCUUCAAUAUGUUCAUCAACAGAAAAUUCUGAUGAAUCACUUUUUACCUCUCCUCAUUCAACAUCUUCCUAAACAACAUCCAUUCAUUCUACAAACAAGUGUCCCAGCGCGGAAAUCUGUUCGAGCUGAUCAUUAUCCCAAGGGACCAGGAUAUGUUGUUAUUAUCAAUCAGAAAACAUUUACAAGAGAUCCUUGGAAUCCUGCAUCGAAAUCCUUAGAAUCCCGUCUUGGAACUGAUAUUGACAGGGACAGACUUAACAUUGUUUUCACCUACCUCGGGGCUAGAAAGAUUAGUAUUUUCAACAACCUCAACCUCAAGGAUAUGAGGGAGAAGCUGGAUGAAUGCGCCAGGUAUGCGGAUGAGCAUCAUGCAGAGUUUGCCUGGCUUUGUGUUUGUAUCCUCAGCCAUGGAGGCAUCACACGGUGUGGUAAAAACGAAGUUUAUGCAUGUGAUGGGCUACCAAUGGACCGGAAGGAGAUUAUUAUGAAGUUUGCUGACAAAAGCUCAGUCAAGAACUUUUAUGGAAAACCGAAAAUAUUUGUUUUUCAGGCCUGUCGUACACCAACAGAUCAGGGUUCAGAUGACAUAGACGAUAACAAGAGGUUUACACAGAUGAUCAGGUUUAGAGAUAAUGAAGUUAGUACUGACUGCUUGUAUCCACCGAUAAAUCAUGGUGACUAUGUGGUCUGCAGUUCUACGAUUGAGGACUUUGUCACCUUCAGGCAUACAGAGAUGGGCAGCUUUUAUAUCAGGUUUGUGAGUUCUAUUCAGGCAUAUAGAGAUCGGCAGCUUUUAUAUCAGGUUUGUGAGGUCUAUUCAGGCAUAUAGAGAUGGGCAGCUUUU